AAGAGUUGUUGUCCUUUCCGCUGUGCUUGUGCCACGCGCUGUCAUCGCCACAAUGCCUCGAGGAUUCUUGGUAAAGAGACACCGGCGAGGCUCGGCGUCAUACCGGUCACGGAGCAACAACAACAACCCGGAGGGUGACCGGAACGGCGGCGGCGGGGGGUACAGCUGUGAAGCGACCGGAGCAGAGAGCCACGUGCUCAGUGUUUUCCCGUUUCAGCGGCAGGACGGAGAGUUCCCAGUGUCCCGCGAGGACUCCGCUGGUGUCAGGGAGGCGUGGAGCCCGCACGUGGAGUCCGCUCUGGAGGCAGAGGCGGACCGGCGCGCGCAGUUACCUGAGAGCGAGUUGGACGCUUUGAGCCCCGACGGUGACUUCUCUUGCUUCUUCCCGCCGCCACCUCCGCCACUCACCGACUCCUGCAGCCCCGUUAAACCGGUUGGCACGAGACUUCUUGAGCAGCGCGAGGAAGGAGAAAAACAGCUGCUGUUCACGGGCAGGUGUCUGCCGUCCUCCCCAGUACCCGACCUGCCGGACCUGCCGUUCCUGGUCAGCUCCACGCCGACCUCGGUGUCCGCCUCCAUCGAGAGGAUCCUCGCGAGCAGCAGCCGCCACCACGCGCCGUCCUACGGUCACGGUGACAAGUAUGACCCUCCCCACGUGCACCUGUUCCCGCAUCUCACCGUGAUGAGCCAGGAAGCGGCGAGGAAACGCUCGUUCCUCGAGCCGAGCAGCAGCAGACACAGCAAACAGUCUGCGUGCAGCAACCCCACGAAAAAACCCAAAGUGAACCGGAAGCUGAACUUCGAGGACGAGGUCACGACCUCCCCGGUUCUGGGUCUGCGCAUCAAGAAGGAGAGCCCCGAGCUGCGGAGGCACCGGGAGAAGUCGUCCGGCCCCGGCGGGAAUCAGCCGCUGGGGGAGUUCAUCUGCCAGCUGUGCAAAGAGGAGUACCCCGACCCCUUCUCCCUUGCGCAGCACAAGUGCUCCCGCAUAGUGCGUGUGGAGUACCGGUGCCCCGAGUGCGACAAAGUCUUCAGCUGCCCGGCCAACUUGGCCUCUCACCGCCGCUGGCACAAGCCGCGCCCGGUGAGCAGCCCGGCAGGUGAGACCCCGACCCCCAACAAGAACCUUUCGCUCAAAGAGGCACGAGGGCUCGCUCAGCACGAGAGGCCGCCGGUGGAGUUGGAGGGCAAGGAGAACGAGCUGCUGCGCGUGAACACCAAUCAGCACCACGCGGCGCUGGACAGCUCCCGCAUGAGGCGCGAGCAGUCUCUGCUGCUGCUCCACCCGCGGUCCCGGGACAGCCCGGACGGCGACGGCCUCGCGCCUCCCCGCUACGACUCCUCUUCGCGUUACCGGAACCCGGCCGAGAGCUGCCUGGACCUGCAGCCGCAGGUGAGAGCCGCGGACAGCCCGCCGUCCAGUCUCCUCGUGCUGAACCCAGAGGAGCGCGCGGACCUGCCCCAGCAGCAGCUUCCGCCUCUGCCGUUUGUUCAGUCGUUACCGGAGGAGGUGUACGAGUGCCGGUAUUGUGGGAAGAAGUUCCGGCGGCAGGCUUACCUGAAGAAACACCUGGCCGCGCACGAGAUGACAUCGCGAGCGUCUCCGCCCGCUGCAUCUUACGGCCAAGCGCGCGAGCCCAGUUCCGGACAGAGCCAGGUGUGCCUUUGUCACCUGUGCGGCGCGCGCUUCCCGUCGGUCGAAAUCAGGGACAAGCACCGGCUGUGGCACGCGAUGAGGGACGAGCUGAUGGCGGAGACUCUGGGAGGAGGACGCAGAGGGGACGUUUUCCACGCGCACAGAGAUGAGAGCGGUGGCGGGGAGUGCGACCACCAGCAGCAGCAGGAGCAGCAACAGAUCUUCACGUGCAAACACUGCCCCUCCACUUUCUUCAGCUCCCCGGGACUCACGAGACACAUCAACAAGUCUCACCCCACCGAGAACCGGCAGGUGAUGCUGCUGCAGAUGACCGUGCGGCCGUGAGUCGCGCGCAAAACUGUGGUUUGGAAAAGAGGGGAAAAAAAGUUUAUUUAUCAAGAAGUCCUUUCAGAAGCAAGUCUCGCCACUCGGUAGCCAUCUUGGUAACACCUCCGGGCACUUAUUUUAAAAUAUUGAAUUAAUUUUAAUG